AUGUCUCAAAAGUCUGCCAUUAUCUCCGUCUAUGACAAGACUGGUCUCCUCGACUUGGCCAAGGGCCUUGUCAAGCAGGAUGUCCGUCUCCUCGCGUCUGGCGGUACUGCUAAGAUGAUCCGUGAGGCCGGUUUCCCCGUCGAGGAUGUCUCCGCCAUCACCCACGCCCCCGAGAUGCUCGGCGGCCGUGUCAAGACCCUCCACCCCGCCGUUCACGGUGGUAUCCUCGCCCGUGACAUCGAGUCCGACGAGAAGGAUCUUGCCGAGCAGAAGAUUGCCAAGGUCGACUACGUCGUCUGCAACCUGUACCCCUUCAAGGAGACCGUCGCCAAGGUCAACGUCACCAUCGAAGAGGCUGUCGAGGAGGUCGAUAUCGGUGGUGUGACUCUGCUCCGCGCUGCGGCCAAGAACCACAAGCGUGUCACCAUCCUGUCCGACCCCACUGACUACUCCGAGUUCCUCAAGGAGCUCGAGGCUGGCGAGAUCACCGAUGCCAGCCGCAAGCAGUACGCCCUUAAGGCCUUCGAGCAGACUGCCGACUACGACUCUGCCAUCUCUGGUUUCUUCCGCAAGGAGUAUGCUGGUAACGGUGUCAAGCAGCUCUCUCUGCGUUAUGGUACCAACCCUCACCAGAAGCCCGCCUCUGCUUUCUCGGUCCACGGUAACCUGCCUUUCAAGGUCCUCAACGGAUCCCCUGGCUACGUUAACUUGCUCGAUGCCCUGAACGCCUGGCCUCUGGUCAAGGAGCUCAAGCAGGCUCUUGGCUACCCCGCCGCUGCUUCUUUCAAGCACGUUUCCCCCGCUGGUGCUGCCAUCGGUGUUCCCCUCAACGAGAAGGAGCGCAAGGUCUACAUGGUCGACGACAUCAAGGGCAUCGAGUCCUCCGGUCUCGCCCAGGCCUACGCCCGUGCCCGUGGCGCCGACCGUAUGUCCAGCUUUGGUGAUAUCCUCGCCCUCAGCGACAUUGUCGACGUCCCCACCGCCAAGAUCAUUUCCCGCGAGGUCUCCGACGGUGUCAUCGCCGCUGGCUACCAACCCGAGGCCCUGGAGAUCCUCUCCAAGAAGAAGGGCGGCAAGUACCUCGUCCUCCAGAUGGACGAGGACUACACCCCUGCUCCCGAGGAGACCCGCACCCUGUACGGUGUUCAGCUGACCCAGCACCGCAACGACGUUGUCAUCUCCCCCAGCAAGACCUUCAACACCGUCAUCACACCCAAGAACAGCCCCUCCCUCCCCGAGGCUGCUCUCCGUGACUUGACCGUCGCCACUAUCGCCCUCAAGUACACCCAGUCCAACUCGGUCUGCUACGCCCUGAACGGCCAGGUCAUUGGCCUCGGCGCUGGCCAGCAGAGCCGUAUCCACUGCACCCGCCUGGCUGGUGACAAGGCCGACAACUGGUGGAUGCGCUUCCACGAGCGUGUCAUCAACAUCAAGUGGAAGCAGGGCACCAAGCGUGCCGACAAGUCCAACGCCAUUGACUUGCUCUGCUCAGGCCAGACUCCCCGCAGCGAGGCUGAGACCGCCGAAUACGUCCGCGUCUUCGAGGAGGUCCCCGCUCCUUUCACUGCCGAGGAGCGUGAGGCCUGGCUCGAGAAGCUCAGCGAGGUUGCUGUCUCGUCCGAUGCCUUCUUCCCCUUCAUCGACAACGUCUUCCGCGCUGCCCGCUCAGGAGUCAAGUACAUUGCCGCUCCUACCGGCAGCCAGAACGACACCCCCGUUUUCGAGACCGCCGAGAAGCUGGGCAUCACCUUUGUCGAGCAGGGCAUCCGUCUGUUCCACCACUAG